GUAGUGUCCGCCGUCGGGCGGCCGCCGGCUCAGUGCGGGGCGCAGCGCGGAGCCCGCUCGGGAGCUGCACCCCGGGGUGGGUGACCUCGGCGGCGGCCGCCCCGAUGUUUUCCCCCAGCCAGGAGGAGCACUGCGCCCCGAACAAGGAGCCCGUCAAGUACGGGGAGCUGGUGGUGCUGGGGUAUAAUGGCUCCCUCCCUAAUGGUGACAGAGGACGCAGGAAAAGCAGAUUCGCCCUUUAUAAGCGACCUAAAGCGAAUGGAGUUAAGCCCAGCACUGUUCACGUGAUUUCUACUCCUCAAGCAUCCAAGGCUGUCAGCUGUAAAGGUCAGCACAGUAUCUCUUACACUUUAUCCAGAAAUCAGACGGUUGUAGUGGAGUACACGCACGAUAAAGAUACAGACAUGUUUCAGGUUGGGAGGUCAACAGAAAGCCCCAUAGACUUUGUAGUAACAGAUACUAUUUCUGGGAGUCAAAACAAUGACGAAACUCAGAUUACACAAAGCACCAUAUCCCGCUUCGCAUGCAGGAUUGUUUGCGACAGGAGCCCACCGUAUACAGCAAGGAUUUUUGCAGCUGGAUUUGACUCUUCUAAAAACAUAUUUCUCGGCGAAAAAGCAGCAAAAUGGAAAAAUCCUGAUGGCCACAUGGAUGGGUUAACAACAAAUGGGGUGUUGGUCAUGCAUCCGAAAGGAGGGUUCACUGAGGAGUCGAAGCCUGGAGUUUGGCGGGAGAUCUCUGUCUGUGGGGAUGUAUACACUCUCCGGGAGACCAGAUCUGCUCAGCAAAGAGGGAAACUGGUAGAAAACGAGACCAACGUCCUCCAAGAUGGCUCCCUCAUUGACCUGUGUGGAGCCACCCUUCUGUGGAGAACAGCAGACGGACUGUUUCACACUCCGACUCAGAAACACAUUGAAGCUCUGCGGCAGGAGAUCAACGCUGCUAGGCCGCAGUGCCCCGUCGGGUUAAACACUUUAGCGUUUCCCAGUAUCAACCGUAAAGAUGUGGUGGAAGAGAAGCAGCCCUGGGCCUACCUCAGCUGCGGUCAUGUUCACGGCUAUCACAACUGGGGACAUCGCAGUGACACAGAAGCUAACGAGCGGGAAUGUCCGAUGUGCAGAACCAUUGGCCCCUAUGUGCCUCUUUGGCUCGGUUGCGAAGCAGGCUUUUACGUGGAUGCUGGUCCUCCAACUCACGCUUUCACCCCUUGUGGACACGUGUGCUCUGAGAAAUCUGCGAAAUACUGGUCCCAAAUCCCUCUGCCUCACGGUACUCAUGCAUUUCAUGCUGCCUGCCCUUUUUGUGCAACACAACUGUCCGGGGAACACAACUGCGUCAAGCUUAUUUUUCAGGGCCCAAUUGACUGAUAUCACUUUGCGAUGACCACGAUAACAUUUUGUUUAACAACUUACUGUGAAAAAAUUUUGCCACUAACUCUAGAUUUUACCUUUUUUUAUAACGUUAUUAAUAGGGUGGUAGGGUGGGGAUGGGGAGCUGACAAGGAAGUGGUGAGGAACUGUGGUGGAACGGGAUACAUUGAUACCUGGAACUCGACAGAUAUCAGUGGGGUUGCAUGCUCAAAAGCAGCAUAUUCACAAAGUCGUCUUGGUCAAAUCGUAGUAUAUUUGUAAUCUUUUUAUUAGUACCCUGGACCAGAAAAAGAUGUCUUAAUGAUUUUUUUAAGCUGAGAUUUUUCUAAUGGAAAGGUUUUUCUUCUAAACUUUGACAAGCCUUUAAAUCCUAUUUUUCAAACCUAGAAGGAACAUACAGAAUGUAACUGUCUUUAAUUUGCAGUAUAAUUUAACUUGAAUAGUUUCUCAAGGAGCUAAAACAGAAUGUGUGGACAGCCAUAGGUGAAUGUUCACUAGAGAUAAUUGGAUAUGUAAGAGAAAAAUUAGCUGCCUAAAUUGUAGAGUAUAAAUGUAAUUAAAAUACCUAUUACGGUAUAACACAGCUGGCCAACAAGGCAUCAAGGAUUACUUGAAACUGAGGAAAUCCUGUUUGCAUUGAUUUCUUUUCAGUGUAAUAGAUGUCCACUAUUCAUGAUGUGUAGUAUAUGGCUGGUUUUUGUUUUGCUUUUUCUUCCCCGUUUAACUUGCAUAUGGCGAAACCUCUUUUUUACGUAUGUAGAUCUGGUUUUAAGCCAGUGUUCUGUAUAUGUGUAGUCUGAUCUGUUUAUUUCUGCUUAGCUUAGCUUGCCCUAACUGCGCCACGCGUGCCCAGAGCCAUUGGGUUGAGAUGUAGCAAGCCUUGAAAAAUUGAAUUUAAGUAAGGGGUGUAGUGCUACAGCAAAACAGAAGGUUCAGGUGCAAUUUAUACAGAACGUAUUUACGUAGACCUGCGUUCAGGAAAGCACUUACUUGAUAUAUGAGUAUAAUCCCAUGGAUGGGACUUAAGAAUCGAAGUGCUCCAAUGGAUUGUGGUUAUCUGCUGUUACGGUUUGAAAUUUAAAAAAAAAACAAACAAUUAAAAAUAAGUUAUGUAAGCUCACUUAGUAGCCAGAAUGCUGUGAGGAGAACAUCCUUUCUCAUUCAGCUGAGUAUUUUUGUUCAGUUCUCAACACGCUGCCAUCUGUCACCCUUAUAUGCAGAUUGAGAUGUGUUUGUAUCGUUUUUUUUUAAAUGUUUGCAAAUCAAACAGCAUUCAAAUGUAAUCAAAUACAUGUAUCGGGGUGGUACAUCUGAAGUGCAUCACUUGAAAUUCCUGACUUUUUAAGGGAGCUGAUAAAUAUUUACUACGGAGAUAAUUAAAUCAGAAUUUCAUAGGAGAUGUACCCUGCCCACUGUUAGCAUCACUUCAUACAGAAUGAGAGCUCUGAUUUGGUUUUUACCUUUUGCUUUCUGUACUCUUGGUAUCUGAGGUAUCAAUCUAUCCAGUCUAAAAAGAAAAAAUGGGAGAAAGUUGCAACAUCUCCAGAUGAAAUUGAUCAUUCAAACUCAGUUCUGUUUAAUCAACUGUAGCUUUUUGCUAUAUUUGCGCCCUUUGUAUAAAUAGAUAAUUUAUAUGAUUUUAAUAUAUUCUGUAUAUAUACUUGAAUUGGCCUGUUCAUAUUUUGGUUGUAAAAUUAUUUUAUAGUUAACCUUAUAAACAUUUAACAUGUCCCUUGCCGGCGGUGGUGGGACAUGCUUUGUCUGCUGCUGGUUUUAGUGUAAUUUUGCUGUAUAAAUGUUCAGCAUUUUAAUAAUUUGAAAAUAGCUUUACUUUUCUUUUUACUGCUUUUUGCUGUUCUUUUAAAAAAAAACCACAAGUUUUGUUGUGUAGCAUUUCUCUAAAAAUCGGACUGCACGGUUUUGUCCCACUCAGUGAUUGGAAAUAGGUCGAAUCUCGUUAACAGAAAACGAUGUGCUUCUUCCUAGUGCCUUCUCAAUGAGAUCCUCUUGUGAUUCCGUGUGCUCAGUCCUUACUCCCACAAGACAACCUUGUGGCUGAUCUUCAUCAAGAGUGGCGAUCCAACCAGAUGGGGAAGAAAUGCCUUUGGCCUUCAGUUCCUCCUCCUGGUUUCUGUCGUAAAUGUGAAGGUGCCUCUUCCCUGUUUAUAUUCAGUACGAGUUCCUCAGGUUCCAUAUGCAUACUGCAGCGUUGUUUCUGUUUAGCAUAUACCUCAUCUGUGAGAGGCGGUCUCACCUCCACCUCCUUCCUACUGGACUCGGGAAAUACUUAAAUUUGUUUCUCACAAGAGUUGCCAUGAAAGCACACUUUCAGGAAAUGCUGACGGUUGAAUUAUGGCUGUGAGCUGGGGGGCAGAAGUCUUGGGUUCCAUGUACAACAGCUUCACCAGCCCGGGGUGGCAGCUGCUUUUUCUUGAGCUUUAGCUGAUCAGGACACGCAUGCAUGGUCUCAGUUUGAGCCUAAAUGGAUGUGAAGCACAGGUUCCAAGGCACCUCCAUCAUCGUCCUUCCCUUGCUUCCUUCUCUGUUGCAGAUUAAUUGCUGCUUCAGGGCUUUGUAUAGCUGCACCCUGUGCAAAGUGGAUGCACAGAGAUAAAGGAGCAUGUGUUGGAAGUGCCAGCACACUGUCUGCUCGCGGUGUUUGGCUGGUGUGCAGUGAAAGGCAGGUUAAUGGUUCGUAUCUGAGGGAACUGUCCUUUGAAAGACUGUUUUAAGCAGAAUUUCUUUGCUUUCAAUCUGAUGAAAAUACUAUAAGAGGGAACACUUCUAUCUGGGAAAUAAAAUUCCACAGUCCCCGUAUGUAAAUCCAGGUACUUUGCCAUUAACCAGUAUUCAGAGCUAGGGUGAGUCCCACAGAGCUGGGUUUUCUGGGAAGGCAGAGGAGCUGGUAGCGUUUCUUUCCUCACACACCAGUGCCAUGCGUGCUGCUCUGAUUAAAUGAGGGACUGCUCAGUUGCUUAUCCCAUUUCUCCUUCCCUUGCCUCAGUAACCUUCCCAUCCUGCUAACUCAGUUGGAAGCAGUAGUUUCUGGAUAAGUAAGACUGAUUCUGUUUGGAGAAUCUUGAGAACCACGCUCAAGCUUUGUUUGGAAAGCUUAUUUCAUGAUUUCAGUGUUGAGUUUCUUACAUACCAUUUCAAGUACUGGCAGCAUAUUCUGUAAAGUUGUUUUUAACCUGUUAGCUGUUGAUUCGAUUGGAAUGCUUCAAAAACAGCUUUGACUGCAUAACUUAAAGUUGAAAGUAUUUUUCUAGUCUGAUCUUUAAAACAGAAAAAGUCUGUCAUAUCCAUGCAUGCUGGAGCUGUAACACUUCUCUUUUUCCUGGCAGCUUCUUGGUAGAGUGCUGAAGUCUCAAUAGGCAGCUCAGUAGUGAGUGGUGUUCUUUUUUGAACCGUGGUCCAGCUUGUACAAAAGAGUUAGCAUGAUACUGCAUUUUAAUCGAGAUUGUUUUUCAAGUGUGGUCACUUUGUGCCUCUGGUACAGUAGUAGUACUGUACUGGCAUAGCAAUUAAAGGAGGAUUGUGUUUCUUGGGGAGGAUGGGAAUGGGACUCAAAGGAGACGAAAGCUGCUGUCGGACUGCUUCCAUCUGCUGCUGUGCCAGGAGCUGUGACUGUAACUGCUCUGCUUUCAGACCUGGUUCAUGCUCCAAAAAGCAGUCUCUUUUGCUAGGAAGUCCCACGAUGGCUUGGGAAGGCUGUGGUCCUCCCAGGAAAAUGCUGGAUGUGAACGUGGCAGUGCCUGGAAUUGAAGGAUUCUGCUUCAGAGCCUGAGCAGGGAGUAGAGAUGCUGGGCUGAGCAGCUGAGAGUCCCAGGGAGAACUGACCAGGAUUUACUCUUAACUCUGUGUACCUCCAAAAAUAAGCUCUUGGUUUGAACUGUGACAGCUCUCCCCUUGGUGCUCACUGACUUUUCUGCUGUCUGUUUUAUAUCUUGAAGCAGGAGCUUCUCCCAGACUGUCCUGUUCCUGCGCGUCUACUUCAUUUUCCUGGCCCUCGUUACAACUGGUGGUCAUUUAAAAGCAUUUCUAACAUGCUUGGAAAACUGACCUGGCUUGACUCAGUGAGCUGCAAAUACCGCUUUGAAAUGAGCUGCGCUUGUCCCUUUUUUGUCAAGGAUGGUUGUGCAGUGGGUGGCAAGUCGUGUUCCCCCCAUGGUUGUUGCUAACUUUCUGCACUGGCUGUGGAUGGGUGGCUCCCACAGAAUGGACACUGACCCAGGGAGGUGUGAAGCAGAGGGCAGUCCUGUGUUGGAGCUGAGUAAAUGUGGGCAGCCCAACUUCUGGAGUAUUCUGACCAAGGAUUCAUCCUUCCUACUUCUUUACUCAGUUUUCAGCCUCUUGUGAGUUCCUGGUUCCUUUUCCUUCUCUACUAACCUGCGUAGCUGCAGGUAAAUCAGUAAAUGGAGCUUGAAAAGAAGGCAAGGAAGAGAACCUAGAUGCCUCCAGGCUUGCUUCUUUUCAAAGAAAACAAAGUGCAGUUACAAACAUCUUUCAGAGAUUCUUCUCAGUGUUUUUAUUUCAUGAGCACUCUUCACUAGUCUUCACGCUCGGCAUUGUGAAUUGAAAGGGCAAGCUCGGAUGGUUGGGGCAGAUUUGGGGGGCAGGGCGUAGUUGCUAGGCUGAGAAGUUGCAGCGUGCUGACUAGGCCCCACUGACUGCAGCAGGGCCCUUUGCUGUUGAAGCCCCUUCUGUUUCCAUCACGGUGCUUGGGGAUGGGUGUUGUUUUUCUCUAGGGCCAAACAUGUGGUGAGGAGCCCCUGGAAGCUCCCUCUCCGUGUCACACAGCCACAGGGACAGCCUCAGCCACGCAUGGAGAAGUUACAUUCACCUUCCAGCAGCGUUAGCAGCUCUUCUGGGUGUGUUUGUAAAAACUGGUCUUUUCGACACUGUGUGAAAUGAACUGAAAUGAUUUCUUUGCCGUUGUACCCAUGGAAGUACAAGCCAUUUUACAGGGGGGGGGAGGGGAGAACCUUCAAAAUAAGGAGUAAAAAAAAAAAAUUAAAAUGUUAUCUCUGUAUUCUCAUCGCCUCCUUCAGUUUUUUUUUUCCCCCUGCUGACUGGUUGUCAGAGCUUGACUUGGAUUUGCAAAACCAUAUGAAGAACUUUAACAAGAAAGCGUUGAAAAUACUACCGCUUCUCCUGCUCUUUCAUCCCCUUUCCUCUAUUCCUCAGCAAACAAAACCCUGCACCUCUGAGGAUUCUUAAGCAUCCAAGGUACAGAGCGUAUUCAGGUGUGAGUGCCCUGAAAUUUCAGUUAUUCCUGUCCCUGAUUUUUUAAAUUGAGCUGUUUGUUUUCGAUGCCAGCUGCCUUCUCGCGGUGUUCACGUAAUGGCAAAAUAAAAGCAAUUUCCAGGAA